AGCAGCAGCCAGCUGCCAGUCCAACAUGGUUGACCUGUGAGCAGCGGUGCUACGAACGGCUGUCCGCAUUAAUCGCUAGUUUCUUCCGAACGCGCGCGCCCCGUUAACCGUCGUAAACCGUUAAUAUGAUAUCCUCGAUCGUCUCGCGCCUCGUCAUGUGAGUAUUCGAGCGGAGUCCGUCCGCUAGGCCCGGGAUACGAGUGCGGCCAGAAUUACCAUAGUCAGCUGCGCCUGGAUUCUCGCCAUCGUUGACCGAGGGGUUGCUCGCGGGGUCCGUUUCUCGGUUCUUAUGGUCAGUUUUUCCAGAAAAAAGCUUCUCUCUCCCGCGGCGAAAUCUCUCGCAGAUAUUUCCGCCACGGCGUUCUCGCGAGGGAUCGUCCCUGUGCGCCACCGUAUUCGCAAAACGGCCGUUGUCCAUUUUCGCCUCAGCCCUCCGUGUGUGUCGGAGCGCACGGGGCGCAAAGGGGGUGAGAGCGAGGACCGACGCUGUCGCGCGCGCGACACACGCGAAUAUCGCGUUUGGUGGUGCAGUGUAUUUUUCUGAGUGAUCUGUUAAAAAAGAAAAAACAAAAGAAAAAAAGAAAGAGAGAUAAUCGACGUCCCCAUCGGAGGGCCGAUGCUCUUCUCCUGUGUCGACGGAAUUAUGUCACCGCGUCGCCGCACCGCGUUCAAUCCCGCUGGAAAGAUUUCCAUGUUUGGUUACAAGCUUCACGGCGAGCUCUAAGCCGUCGUUGUUGCACUGCGGUCACAUUUGAAAAUAGUAACGGUCGAACGUGGUAUCGAUUCGCGGGGAGUUCGGGUUUUACGUUCGCAGUCCUGUCACGGGGGCCGUGUUCGCAUAAUCGUGGCCUCGGGAGAGCAAAGUUGGAUGCGUCGGGAACGAACCGACGCGCGCCAGAAAGAGCAACGGUGGUGGUAGAGCGUUUCGCGACCUGGCCAGCGGAUUAAUAAGGGAGAGAGAAGGUUUUUCCCCCCGGGACCGCGAAGGAAUGGAAGCCGAAAAGCUCGAACAUCGACUGAGUAGUCACGUGGAAGACCCGAUCGUCCGGAUGUUCGGUAGAACGGUCCCCCGAUUGUUCGGCCAAUGUUUUUUCGUUUGCGUUCGAUUCUGCGCGGACAAAAUGCCGAAGAGAGUGUCCCUCGGCGGCCUGGGAGUCCUGGCCGCGCUGAUGGUCUUCGUUCUGCCGCGAACGAUCACUUACAUUCUACUCUAUCCGAUUUUCAGAUUAGUUUUGGGCAAUCUGUACCCGGCCUAUGCGUCCUACAAGGCGGUCCGAACGAAGAAUGUCAAGGAAUACGUCAAAUGGAUGAUGUACUGGAUCGUGUUCGCGCUGUUCACGUGCGCGGAAACCUUCACCGACGUCUUCUUUAGCUUCUGGUUCCCCUUUUACUAUGAAAUUAAGACUAUCCUGGUGAUCUGGCUGCUGAGCCCGGCCACGAAGGGCUCCAGCAUCCUCUAUCGCCGCUUCGUUCACCCGGCUUUGAUCCGCCGCGAAGCUGAGAUCGACGAGACCCUGCAGCGCGUUACGGAGCAGGGUUACAGCGCCGUCCUGAACCUGGGCUCGAAGGGUGUCAACUAUGCCACCACGGUGCUCAUGCAGACCGCUAUCAAGGGCGGCGGCGGACUGGUGCAGCAUUUAAAGAAGAGCUACAGCCUGAGCGACCUGACCGGCGAGAAGGAGGACGAGAAUAGAAACACGUCGCACUUGCACGACGAGACGGACAUUGCAGUGGAACCUCGUCGAAGAGAGCACGUCGGGAGAAGAGGUUACAGUCCUCGCCGGACACAGUCGAGUAGCAACCGCGUAGAGAUGUACUUCUCUGAAGUGGACCUGUACAAGUGCAUAAACGUCAAAGAACCGACGGCCAGGGAGCCGACAACCAGCUUAACCAACAUAAGAUCCUCGGACGAUAUAUCCAGCGGAUACAGCAGCGGAGAAGCCCUGCAGUCGACCCGUUCGUCCCAGGGCGACUCGUUGGUGCGAACAUCGAGCGUCGGAGCAAGGACACGCGCAAAACCUCGCUCGACCACGAAGAAGGCGCAAGAGGAGGCCGGCGAGGAUUCCGACAGCAACGAUCUCCCUCCCUCCAUAAACAUCUCACUUCCGACACCUUUGAGUCACGUGACCCCCGAGCAAGCUCUCGAGAUCUUGCUCAUGCUGUCGCAAAACAGUAAUGUCGCCGACUAUGUCAGGCUCGAUCCUGGAUCCUCUGUCGCAGGUAACGACGGCCCGAUCGAAAACACCAGUCAAUUAGGCUCGGAACCGACGGCGAUCGAUACAGAGUCGACGGAGCCUCGCCCGGAAUCCUCGAGCUCUGUUUCGACCGCCGAGGUUCAGGUCAUUCAUAGUAUAGAGACGGAGAUCGUCCCAGAAGUCGCAGCGGCGACGGAAGCAACGAAAGACGAGAAGACGCCGCCGCGUGACCAAGCGGUCAAAGUUGAAGCAUCCCCGCACGACCAACCAGUCAAACUGGAAGAGACGACGCCUGAGACAGCCCCGGAAGCCCCUGCGAACGAUCCGACGCGAUCCGGCGUUCCCGAAGAGGCCGGAGAAGCAACGGACCGCACGGCAGCCGACGAGCUCUGCCAGACGAAGUUCGACGAGCUGAAGCAGCUGUUGAGCGAGGCUCACAAGGCUGUCAACAACAUUGUUUGCACGCAGGAGAAACGGAAAGAUAACCAGCUUCGCUACCCUACCCCGCAGCAAGAAGACAAGUAAGAAGAAGGUUGCAUGAAACUUGGGGACGGCUGCUGAUCGCAUCAAGGAAUAAAGACCAACCCACGUUUCUGUCGACCAACAACCUGAUUGAAGGCAUCAGCAGCGGGCGUCGUUGGGCCACACGGGACGCGUCACACGCAUGAUAACAUUGUGUCUUACGAUUAGCACUAGGCGCCACCUCGGUUCGUUUGUACAUAGUUCUAUGGCCCCGGGCGGGGACAAACGAAAGAAAAAGAAAAACGCUCAUCGGUUCUGUUGUUCCAAGCAUCCGGCUAGGCUAGUCGCAAAAGGGGGACACGCCGAUCGAUCCCCGAUCGGCGGGGAACACCGUUGCUCACGGUCAUCCAGAAAUUACAAAGCGAAUGUUAGAUUCGUCGGACGCCCGCGAUCGCGCGGUCCCCGAGGGCCCGGGGACAGUUUUUUACACGUGACUGAUGACACCAGCUGUGCUUGCCGCGCCCUAGAUCAGUGUCGCUUUUACGAUCAUGCAGUUGUCCAUCCAUGGAUCGCGCGGACCUCCAUUUCCUAAGCUUUUUAUCUAAGCCCGUAGCUCUCUGGUACUUUGUAAGAGGAGCCGAGAUCGAACGACGGGAGGCAAAAACGAAUUCUAGUCAGCCUAAACGCGACUCGGACCAACCCCUCGUGAACCAGUGCCACUCGACUUUCUAGAAUUUCUGUACGCGACCGUAGCUGAAAUAGGCCAUUCUCGCUCGGCGACGAAUCCGUGAUCAGCCGGGAACGACGACGAGUGUUUCAAGGUGGAUCGAUGAUGCUUGAGACCGCGUCGCGCCCGUGCCUGCCGCAAUCGAUCGUACGAUAUCGAGACAUCCCUGUUACUUUCUCUCAUGGAGAUUAGCGCCGAUGCGUGUGUUCGUCGAAAACGUAGAUCGUCCUAGCAGCCCGUGAUUUAACAGCGCGGCUUCAAUAAUCGCGUAGCGACUAUUCGCUUCUGUGCGCUUUCAUUCGAGAGUCUGAAUUUUGAUACGAAGGAGAUCCGCACCGAUUUCCGCGCCGAGGUAGACGAGAGCUCGAGACUAGACCUCGUUUCGAUAGGGGACAGCGUCGCCUCCGGACCCGUGGAUCGUUUUUUCUUGCCCGCGAGUUUUUUCAGCCGUUCCUCUUCAGCGUUCGUGUUUUGUUUCCGAGGAAAAAUUGCGUCUCGGUUAUGUUUCCGUUCCGCAUCGCGCACGGUCCGCCGUGCCGGUGAUUCACGCACAAGUGCGGCAAUUACGUCGGUGAGGAAGAGGUGUUUUAAAUCACAGAUGUUAACCAGUUCGUGCAUAUAUAUAUAUAGUUUAUCGUGCUGUACUCUAAUUGUGGUCGGGAGCCGGUCUUGUUCGAUACCAUUGGACAGGGUCCUAACAACUUUGAGACCGAGAACCUUUUGAAGUCGGAUCAACGGCGAGCGAUCAGGAUGUUUAGGCGAAUCGUGGCCCGUCGAGGUCCCAGCGAUUGUGAGAAGAUUAAAGCGAUUAGCAGAGCAACGAGCGUUCGUUUGCGCAAGCUUCGCCAAUUCAAAGUGUUGAGACCGCUGCGAAGGGGCGUGUCCUAGAGGGGGAUAAUUGUAUUACAUCCAGCUGGAUGUAGCCGAUGUUGCCAUAUACGGCUGUUCCAAUCAACUUUGUACUUGAACCUGUUUGUGAUUCGAUGUCGGUCUUUCUUUGUGGAACAACCUGUACUUAACGAUAGGUUAACAACCAGGUGCUGCCACCUGGUGUGCAUACCGAAACCGGCCUCUCGGCCGAACAAAUCGCCGCGUCGAGCAACUUUCGAACGCACCGUUAAGUUAGGGAUUUGUUAUAUCGUAUAAUUGUUGAGUUUACCAUGCACGUGUCACGGCUAAAUCACUGAACGAAGAUGCAGCGAAGGCGACGCUAAUUUACGUGAUUGUUAAUUGAAAAAAAAAACAAAAAUAAAAUAAAACGAACUGACCGUUUGGUUCAUUGGUCACGGUACUCGCUGCAUUUGAUGGAUAAUUGAAGCUCGUCGGAGAAAGCUAAACAAUUGCAAUUUAUAUAAAUAUAUAAAUAUAUAUAUAUAUGUAUCGUUAAUCCGUAGCCACCUCGAUAUUUCUGUGUGAAUGAGAGUUGUAUGCGUUUGCGCGCGCGCGCGUGUCUACCAGAGAGAAAGAGAGAUAGAGUGAGUUUGUAUGAGAGAGAGAGAGAGAGAGAGAGAGAGAGAGAGAGAGAAAAUGCUCAAGUAUCUCUUUGCCUAUACUCGAAUGUGAGAGAUAAAAGAAAGAAAGCUCCUAGACUCAUCGCGGUACCUCGACAUUACUCGAGCUUUGUUCUUUGUAAUUAUUAAGCGUUUCCGGCGCGACGACUGUGCGUCGCGAAUUAUAUGGUGCUGCGAACUUUCUAAUUUGUUUUAUAGUUACGAACCCCGGCAGCAUUGCGGAGAAAACGUGUUCUGAGUGUGAUGAAUAUUAGGAAAACUUUUACGGAGGAUGCGGAUAGGUUGGAUCACAGUAUUUCGGUUUAAGUAUGUCUGUAGUCAAUAAAGUGACAUUAAAGUGGC